CUGUUCCUAUUUUCUUUUUUUUUUACUGUCUUAUAUUUCUUAUUUUCCUUUUUGACCUUUCCUCUAUUAUCCCACUCAUCAUCUCCGGACAUUUCCCGAAAUCUACCUACGUGUAAAAUCCAGAUUCCGUUGCUGACGAAAAACGACAUUCCUCAAGAUGGAGUCCUUAUCUGUCGGACUGGUUUGAGUAUAUAUAAAUACAAGCCUCGCGUACUUCUGUUAAAGAACAUGAAGAUCAUGAAUAGUGCGAUUCGAUCACUAAUCAGAAACUUUCCCCGGACUGUGCCCUUCUCGUCGUCGCCAUCAUAUUUUGUCAGUCUCCGGUCGCUCUGAAGCUAGUGGUGUCGGGUUCCGACAAGCUAUACCGCUUUCUAGCGAGCCGGAGAGGACUCCCAUCAUGGACAAGGCUGAGGAAGUGGAUUCCGAAAUUGGAGAUGUGAUGUAUCACUCAUUCGGAGAGGGAUAUGCGACGAGGUGUGAAGACGAAGGGUUUGGUUUGAUCUAUGCCGGAAAACAGGCCGUCAGACUUGAAGACCAUGAUCAGGAGACAGAGACUGUCGAUGUGAUGUACCACUCAUUUGGGGAGGGGUACGCGACGAGGUGCAAAGAUGAAGGGUUCGGUUUGAUCUAUGCGGGAAAACAGUCCAUUAAAGAUCAUGAUCAAGAGAUCGUCGAGAAUCAUUUCGCCUUCGAGACCAAGGAGAGUCACAUCAAGAAGGAGAAGGCACAGCACCGGAAUUAAGAUAACUCAGAGCAUUCUCGUGAUGUAGACGAGGUUAUGAGUAUGUGUAAACAGCAAUGUUGCUUUUUUAGAUUAUCAAAACUAAUCUCUACUUGUAAAAAAACCAUAAUAAUUAGAUCGGAGGAGUCACUUUUGAAACUAA